GCGGAACGUUCCAAACCAGGGUUAAACAGCGUCACCGGACACAAUUCGAUGUUGCACAAUGUUGUGUUACAUGACCUAACCAAGGUGCAUUGGUAAGAAAAACUUCAGAAUCAUUGACUUGACGCCGUUUGUCCUAAAACAACAAGUUUUCCGAGAUGUACACAACAGCAGGACGGGUUUUCUCCAGUCUGACACGCGUGGCUUUAAUUCGAGGGAAAUUCGUUCAUAAUGCGACACCGACCGUUGGCAAAAUGAGCAGUAUGCAGUCCCUCGCUCUGAGCUCUCAGAAGUCGGCUGAGUCCAUAGAUGAAGCUGAGGAGGUAAACAGUGAGCCCAUCAAGUUCUCCACCAGUAAAGCCAGUCACAGAACUUGGAAAGUCAGACGCUCGCUGGGGAAUAACCAGGACCGCUCCUGGAAGAAGGUCCUGCCCGUCAGCCUGGUGUUCACCGGCCUGCUGCUGUGGGCCAUUCUAAGAGACUCUGGUCUAGACCUGGACGCUCCGCUGCACGAGCAUUUACCCAACGUGCUUUCAGACAAAAAGAAUAAAUCAAGUUAACAAAUGUGGGACUUGAGGUGUAUAUAUAUUUCUGGCUAUAUUUAUUAACUGUAUUUCAAAAUGUGGCAGCAGCGUAUUGCUCUGAAAACACAGAUUUAGCAGGGAAGCCGUCCAAUGCUACAGAAACUGAUGGAUUGUUUUUGACCAUGCUUUGCCUUUCGAUUUUCAGUUUUGGUUCAAUGUUUGCUUUAAUAUGGAUUAAAAUGUGAUUGAAGCUUGUUUUGUCUACCUUGAAGCUUGUUUUGUCUACCUAGAAACAAUGCAAUGUUCAAAUCUUGAAAUGAAUGCCCUUUGAAACUGGCCAUUCAAUUACUGUGCAAUGGAAUCCUGAUUUUGAACGCAUUUACACUUCCAGUCAUGUGCAUUGCUUUAUGAACCCCUGCAGCGUUUAUUUUACACUUGAGACUGGAGGAGACAUGCAGCUAACCAUGCUAAACCCAGGUCCUCCACUUAUGGGCCAAAUACCUCUGCUGCUUUUAAAUUCAGCUAUAAUUAGCACAAUCUCAGUGUAAUAGUUUAAGCACAAUUAUACUUUUAAAACAUUAAACAGUUAAAAAGUAAGUCAGGCCAUAGUUUGAGGUAGCGGAAAGUUUAUUUACAGCACAACAAGAAACCCCAUGACAUGCACACACAGGAUUAAAAGGGUACAGAUUCUAAAAUAGUUUAGCAAACCUGAGAAAGGCAGUGGAAUAUUUUGUUAUUCAGCAUAUUACAGAUAUGAAGCUCUAUUCUACAGUGAAUGAGUUGAGGAGAAGGUAAA